GCAACUGACUCCAAUGAACCUGUUCAGCUCCAUCAGAAAGAUGUUGAACAAGCAGACAAGCCAGAUUCUGAGCUUGGGGUUACUGCAAGGGUUGAAGACUUGCAAGAAUCGAUGUUGAACGAAUCGAAACUGCUCGAUAAACGUUUGGAGGAACUAAGGAAAAUUGAGAAUGAGUUUGCUGAGAAAAGAAGGUCACAAGCUGAAGCUGAAAAUGUUGAAGGUCUAAAUCUUGAUUCUUCUGAUAAAGUAACAAAGACUGCUGAUGAGUUGGAGACGGCGAAGGCUGUAAAGAAUGAAUGUGGGCAGAGGAGGUUCCAGAGAAGAAUGAAGGUGAACAAGAGGAGGUUUCAGAGAAGAAUGAAGGUGAGCAAGAGGAGGCUUCAGAGAAGAAUGGAGGUGAGCGAGAGAAGGCUUCAGAGAAGAAUGGAGGUGAGCGAGGGAGGCUUCAGAAAAGAAUGGAAAGGAGGUUCAGAGAGGAAUGAAGCUGAGCAAGAGGAGGUUUCAGAGAGAGAUGAAGGUGAACAAGGGGAGGUUUCAGAGAGAGAUGAAGGUGAGCAAGAGGAGGUUUCAGAGAAGAAUGAAAGUGAGCAAGAGGAGGCUUCAGAAAAGAAUGAAGGUGAGCAAGAGGAGGCUCCAGAGAGGAAUAAAGGUGAGCAAGAUGAGGCUCCAGAGAAGAGUGAAUGUGAGCAAGAGGAGGCUCCAGAGAGGAAUGAAGGUGAGCAAGAGGAGGCUCCAGAGAAGUGUGAAGGUGAGCAAGAGGGGGCUCCAGAGAAGGGUGAAGGUGAGCAAGAGGGGGCUCCAGAGAAGAGUGAAGGUGAGCAAGAGGAGGCUCCAGAGAGGAGUGAAGUUGAGCAAGAGGAGGUUUCAGAGAAGAAUGAAGGUGAGCAAGAGGAGGUUUCAGAGAGAGAUGAAGGUGAACAAGAGGAGGUUUCAGAGAGAGAUGAAGGUGAACAAGAGGUGGUUUCAGAGAAGAAUGUAGCUGAGCAAGAGAAGGUUUCAGAGAAGAAUGAAGGUGAACAAGAGGAGGUUAUAGAGAUCAAGAUGGAGGAUUUGGAUUAG